GCGCCUAUCCCUUUGGUUUUCGUAUCUCUGUGCCUGACUCCAGACUCCUGUAAAACAUUAGUUUCUUUUUUCUUUUUCUUUUUUUUGUUUUUCCCUAACAUUUUCGCAUCAUCUUGCUCAGAGCCCAGGGUUAGGAGGUGUGGAUUCACGCAGUCAAAUCCCCAAUCCCACUAAUCAAAGCGUUUUCCCACCUGUACUAAACUACCGCCAUUUCUUUUUCUGUCUCUUUACUACUAAUCUCUCUCUCUCUCUGUUUGUACAUUCUGAUCCCCAAAAGAAUACCCAGAAAAGAAAACCCAAGUUGUCUUUUUUAUUCUUUGGGUUUGUGUAGAUUUGUAAUUAUUUUAAGGUUGUCUUGUUGUUUUGUUUGGAGAUCGUAAAAGAAAGGGAUUUCUUUUUCGUUUUGUAAGUAAAAAGAAAUGGAGAAGAAAAGGAUUGCGGUCCCACUUGUUUGCCAUGGCCAUUCACGUCCCGUCGUGGAUCUCUUUUACAGUCCUGUUACUCCAGAUGGCUUUUUUCUCAUUAGUGCUAGCAAAGAUUCCAGUCCCAUGCUGAGGAAUGGGGAAACUGGAGAUUGGAUAGGAACGUUUGAAGGACACAAGGGCGCAGUGUGGAGUGUUUGCCUGGAUACAAAUGCUUUACGUGCUGCUUCUGGUUCUGCUGACUUUACUGCGAAAGUGUGGGAUGCACUAACAGGUGAUGCAUUACACUCAUUUGAGCACAAGCAUAUAGUUCGAGCCUGUGCUUUUUCUGAGGAUACACACCUUCUAUUGACUGGGGGAUUUGAGAAAGUUCUCCGUAUUUAUGAUUUGAAUCAUCCAGAUGCACCUCCAAGAGAAGUGGACAAAUCACCUGGUUCCGUCAGAACUGUUGCGUGGAUGCAUAGCGAUCAGACAAUAUUAAGUUCUUGCACUGAUAUGGGGGGUGUCAGAUUAUGGGAUGUAAGGAGUGGUAAAAUAGUUCAAACUCUAGAGACCAAGUCAUCUGUGACCAGUGCUGAAGUGAGUCAAGAUGGUCGAUAUAUCACAACUGCAGAUGGAUCUAUGGUUAAGUUCUGGGAUGCAAACCACUUUGGGUUGGUAAAGAGCUACAACAUGCCAUGCACAGUUGAAUCAGCUUCAUUGGAACCAAAGUAUGGAAAUAAAUUCAUUGCUGGAGGAGAAGAUAUGUGGGUUCGUGUUUUUGAUUUCCACACUGGGGAUGAGAUAGCAUGCAACAAGGGUCAUCAUGGUCCUGUGCACUGUGUGCGUUUCUCGCCAGGAGGGGAAUCAUAUGCCUCAGGAUCCGAGGAUGGAACCAUUAGAAUAUGGCAGACAGGUCCUCUGACUUAUGAUGACACUGAAUCAUUUGCAGCAAAUGGGCCAGUUGGAAAGGUGAAGGUAUCAGUAGAACGCAAGACUGAGGGUUUCCACAUUGUAGAAGAGGGCAAGAGCAAAGAGAAAGAAGCAGGGAAUGAGUAAGAAGGGUUAUGAUUUCGAGCUUUUAUCUUUGCAGGCAAUAACCGCUUUUGGCCAAGAUCCUCAAGAUAGUUUUUCUUAUCAGAGAUAAAUUAGAUUUUUUUUUUGUAUAAUUUCCAAGUCUUGCUGCGUUUAACAUAAAUAGACUAGACCAAAAUGUUUUGUAAAAGAUAUAAGCAUCUAAAAUUAUAUGGUCCUCCCCCCCCUUCCCUUUUGAAACAUGAAUUGCCAACCAAAAAGCAGUUGAUUGAUCUUUUUAAUUUCAUUUCAAA